AUGGCAGACACGGGAAAGACAGGACGGCGUCGGCGACGCACAUCUCAUGGCUCGUCGUCGUACUCGUCGUACUCGGACUCGUCGUCGUCGUCGGACGACGAGGGCGGCAGCGGCGCUGAAGCCGGGCCGCAGCCGCUUUCGGCCUUCCCGCAAAAAAUGCGCCUCAAGCCCAACUCGCAGAAGGACCGCCGGCGGACUUCGAUUUCGGCCGAGGCCAUUGACCCAGAGGCUGCCAAGCAGCAGAUUCCGGUGGGUACGCCCAAGACGGCCGACGAGAUUGUCCGCAUCUCGUGCGCCUGUCGCUCCAACUUUCUCUUCCGCCACCUCAAGCCCGAGCAGCUGGAGAUCGCUUACGGUGCCAUGGUCCGCCUCGACAUCCCCGAGGGCCACGACAUCAUUGUGCAGGGCGACCAGGGCGAGUACUUUUACGUCGUCGACUCGGGCGAGUUUGCCGUCUUUGUCGACGGCGUCCAGGUCGUCGUCGUCGAGGCCGGCGGCUCGUUUGGCGAGCUCGCCCUCAUGUACAAUGCUCCGCGUGCCGCCACCGUCACCGCAAAGGUUGACUCGGUCGUCUACGCCCUCGACCGCGUCACCUUCAACAUCACCAUGAUGAACGCCAUCGUCUCCAAGCGUGACAAGCAGCCGCCGGCGAACAUCUUUUCCGAGCUCGACUUUCUCUCGUCCAACGGCGUCAACCUCACCCAGCUUCGCGACGUCGCCUCGCACGAGUCGUUUGACGCCGCCUCGGUCAUUGUCCGCUCUGGCGACAUCAACGCCGACAAGUUCUACAUCCUCAUGUCCGGCUCCGUCUCCAUCCUCAACUCUGACGGCGCGCCCGUUGUUCAGCUCUCGGCGCCCGACUACUUUGGCGAGCUCGAGCUCAUCGAGUUUACCUCGCGCAAGUUUUCCGUCAUUGCCGAGACCGACGUCAACGUCGAAGUCAUCGAUCGCAUCAACUUUAUCCGCCUGCUCAUGAAGUGCUGUGCCGACGAGUUUGCCGCUCACCGUGCCGUUUACCAGCAAUGA